GUUCUCUCACUCUGCCUCUUUUCCACUGAGACCCCCAACCUGAAAGGAAGUCUAGAACUUCUUUCAAAAUAGACUUUCCGUUCAUUAACUGCAAUUGUAAAUCCCGGAAUUCACCCUAGUUAUUGUUGAGACUCUCCGCGUUCUUCAGUGUUCAGUUCAUCAUCACCAUUUUUGCCUCCAAUCUCAACCACAAAAUGCCUGCUCAAAGUCAAAACGGUUCUGCUCCCAACUCAAGUGGAGUCAUGGAAGCAUCCUCUGGCACCAAAUUCCUCUUCACAUCCGAAUCCGUGGGAGAGGGACAUCCAGACAAGAUGUGUGAUCAAAUUUCUGACGCUGUCCUCGACGCUCAUCUGCGGCAAGACCCCGACUGCAAAGUGGCUUGCGAGACCGUGACUAAAACUGGAAUGAUUAUGAUUUGCGGCGAGAUCACGUCCAAAGCGCAUGUAGACUACCAGAAGGUCGUCCGUGAUACAGUCAAGCAUAUCGGAUACGAUGACAGCUCCAAGGGAUUUGACCACAAGACCCUGAAUUUACUGAUUGCUAUUGAGCAACAGAGUCCAGAUAUUGCCGGUGGUGUCCACGUUGAGCGCGAUGAGGAUGACACCGGGGCCGGUGAUCAGGGUCUCAUGUUCGGUUAUGCCACAGAUGAAACCGAGGAGUGCAUGCCCUUGACCGUUGUCCUUUCGCACGCCUUGAACCGUAAGAUUUCUGAGCUGCGGCGCGACGGAACUCUUUGGUGGGCUCGCCCUGACACCAAGACCCAGGUGACUUGUGAAUAUUACUUCGACAAUGGCGCCUGUAUCCCUGUCCGCGUCCACACGGUCGUGGUGUCCACGCAGCAUAGCGAGAAGGUCAGCUUGGAGGCCCUCCGUCAAGACAUUAUGGAUAAGGUCAUUCGCAGCACCAUCCCCGCCAAGUACCUGGAUGAGGACACCAAGUACCAUAUUAACCCUUGCGGCAACUUUGUCAUUGGGGGGCCCAUGGGAGAUGCUGGUCUCACAGGCCGCAAAAUCAUUGUAGACACUUAUGGCGGUUGGGGCGCUCAUGGUGGUGGAGCCUUCAGUGGCAAGGACUACACUAAGGUCGAUCGAUCGGCUGCCUAUGCGGCUCGAUGGGUGGCCAAAUCGCUUGUGAAGGCUGGUUUGUGCCGACGUUGCUUGGUUCAGGUUUCAUACGCUAUUGGCGUGGCUGAGCCCCUCUCUGUGACCGUGAUGGACUACGGUACGUCUAGCAAAACCAUCGAGGAGUUGAACGCGAUUGUGAAGGAGAACUUCGACCUCCGACCCGGUCGCAUUGUCAAGGACCUCAAGUUGAAGACCCCCAUCUUUCAACAAACUAGCUCCUACGGCCACUUUGGUCGGGAUAUUUUCACCUGGGAGCAGCCCAAGCAACUUAAAUACUAGGUGUCUUUCUGCCACCUGGUCCAUCUGCUCCGUGUUCUCUUUUGGUGUGAUUCCCUAUGAUUGCCAAUCAAAUCUCCCUGUACCCUCCCAACAUUAUUGCUAUUAGAAAGAAAUUGUGUUUCUACCCCCCACUUUUCGCCUUGUCUCUACAAUCACAAAGUAAACCCAUCUCCAGGGGGUCACAGAUUUGGGAGGGCCGAUUGAUUUCUAACCCCAAUCAUGAGACCGACGACCAACGAAUGUGAAGUGGUAGCCGGGCUCUAAACCCUCCUACAGACACAGCGUGAAACACAAUCGUUGGACCUUGUCUCUGCCCUCUCUGAUCUGCAAGAGCCGCUUCGCACGCCUCUCAGAGUCUCUUGUCAUCUUUCAAUGUCUGAAAAAGAAUUAUGUAAAACCCCUUUAAAAACAACUUUUGUAAUAUAAAGAUCAACAAAAAGUAGAAGAAAAAAAAUCCAUCAGUGCGGCGGCCUUGUGUUGUGCUUUUUAGGAAUUAUUGGAAAAGAGCAUUUUCGAAAAGCACUCCGGCCACCUAGAUUUGCGGACAAAGCCAACUUUUACACGUUUCAAACCCCUCAAUUUGUGAACACAAACGGCUUUUUUACUUUUCUGUGAUACGGAACCACAACUAUCGUAAUACCUUACCCUAGCUACCCUCUCAUUGUUUUUGUGUGAACCCUGCUUGAACUAUCGGCAUUUUGAUGUUUUAUUUGUGUCUUCAUCAUAUUCAUUGCACUUUGAUCAGCUUUUUCUUAUGAAUGGUAACCUGGCGGGAAAAAUCGUCCCUACUGCUUUUUUACCCAACAUCAUAAAAACGAUUCGGUUUCUCUCGCACCACGUGAUUUGUCCAUCCAUCAAUUAAAGGGGGUCGACGAUUUUCCCGGGAGACAUCCUAGAAUUUGCGAAGAUCUCUUGCACACGCUCGGAAUCAGUGUCACUGAUUAAAAAUUUGCCCAAGAUAUACAUAUUUACUUCAAAUGCUUCAAGUUUGCGAAUAAAACUUUACCUUUUUCUAGUA